AUGGAUCAGCAAAUUCAACAGGCAGUUGAUAUUGCUCUAAGCGGUACAGCAGACCCAAGUCUAAAGAACCAGGCUCUCACUUUCAUCAACGAGAUCAAGUCGACCGAGCAAGGCUACAGAACAUGCUUUGAUCUAUUGUUAUCCGAUCCCGAAAAGGGCAUUUACUUGAAUGACGGGCUCAAGUUUUUCAUCUUGCAAGUGAUUGAGGAAAACACAGAGAAGCUUGGCGAGCAGCAGUUGUUUGAGUUGAACAGCAGUAUGUUUAAGUACUUGAACCUGCUAAUCAGCGCCGAUCACCAUGACCAAAUCCACUUGAAGAACAAGCUUAGUGACUUAUUCGGCAAGCUUUUUUGCUUGGUGUACUCGCAAAUCAACGCAGACUUCAUCAAGUCGCUAUUGUUGCUUAUCCAGACGUCAAACCUCUUAAGCAUUGAUUACUAUUUGAGAAUACUCAUCUCUAUCCAUUUCCACAUUGGUGACAAGCACAUUUCCCGCUCCAAAGAAGCACAUGAGCGUUCAAACGCCCUUAAGGAUUUAAUCCGUGAGCGUGAUAUGCCUCAGUUGAUUGAGUCGUGGAAAACUAUCUUAACCACAGUGAAAGAUACUACCCUUCUUGAUAACGCCUUGAAGGUAGUAGGGUCCUAUGUCAACUGGAUGGAGAUUACAUACUUCAUUCAGAAUGGAUUUAUCGGCAUCAUUUAUGAGUUUCUCAAGCUGCUGACUCAACUACGCAUCCAAUCUUGUGUAACCUUGAUCGAGAUCCUUUCCAAAAAAAUGAAGCCUUCAAGUAAACUAGAAUUGAUUAAUAUUCUUGACCUUACUUCAGUAAUCGGCUCGUUGAAGGAUGAUGAUUUGGAUUUCAUCGAAAACUUGGCCAAGUUGGCUAAUCAGAUCGGCUUGGAACUCGCCAUAACUUUGGAAAACGAUGGCUCUUUACUCAACGAUGUGAACGCUCAUUUCCUCAAAUUAUGGCCAACGAUCCUUGAAUUUUUGGGUCAUGAGUAUGAUGACGUCUCUCAACAGGUCUUUCCCUUCAUUCAAGCAUACUUGGUUCUUGCUAAAAAAUAUUCUCCUUUGAAUUCAUUUGACUUACUAUCAACUUUGCUCAGGAAGAUCAUCUUGAAGAUGAAAUUCGACGAAGAGGCCGACCCAUUUGACGAUGAUGAGCAGUUUUCAGACAUAAGGUCCAAGUUGAAGACUUUGCAAGAUACCAUUGCCAUACUAUGCCCUCAAGUAUAUCUUGAGAUGAUGCCAAUGAUCAUCGAAAGCUCAAUCUUUGGCUCCACUGGAAAGAACUGGACGACCGUGGAGCUAGGUUUAUACGAGUUAAGCAACUUUGGAGACUCAUUGAAAAACAAUCUCGUCAACUUCCCGAAAAAUGAGAUCACCACAUCUAAGCCAUACCAGGAGGUGCAAAGCUUUCUCAUCAAGAUCAUCAAUAAUUUUUCCUCCAUCAAUCAUCCUAAAAAUCAUUUAGCAUUUUUCGAAUUAAUUAUUCGUCAUUUUUCUACUAAAAGUUUCAAUAAUACCACGAAUACCAGCAUGGACGAGCUCGUCAUUAAGAUUUUAGAGCUCUUCUCAGAAUUUGGCUUGUUCAACUCCGUCGAAAGCGUUCGUUUGAGAACAUGGUACCUUUUUUUCCGCUUUGUGAAUAUCACCAAGCCAAAAUUGAAUGACUACUUCUUGGAAAAUCUAUUGGUAAAGUUUCAACCUUUGCUAGUCAUCAAAGCCGAACUUCCCACAAGGGACGAGGAUGACGAUCUUGUGGAAAAUGGAAAUUUCAACAGCCAAUUAUAUUUAUUUGAAGCACUCGGAGUACUAAUUGCAAUGGUAGAUUCCCCAGAAACAACCUCGAGAUCCAUUGACAUCCUCUUCAAUCCGCUCUUCAGCAGUUUGGAAACCUGCGUAUCGAGAGAUGACAAAGAUGUCAACCCACUCAUUGCUUUGCAAGCCCAUCACCUGUUAAUGGCGAUUGCGACUAUUACUCGUGGUCUCGACACUCAAGCACCGGGCAAGUCUACUGCAGCCAAGCAUGACUCAAAGGUGGUUUCCAAGGUUGCAGAUGCUGCACAGGUGGUAUUGAUCACUCUCGAAAACUUCAACAAGUCCGAGAAUGUGAGGGAUGCUGCUCGUUUUGCAUUUGCUCGCUUGAUGCCUAUCUUGGAUGUGCAAAGCAGCAAUCACUUGAGUAAAUUAGUAUCGUUAAUUUUGGCGUCACCUAAGUUAAAGUUAAACGAGCUUUCGGACUUCUUGAGUUUUGUCGGACAGAUAGUGCAUCAAUUCAAAAGCAAUGAUGAUAUGUUCCAACUCUUAAACGACUUGGUCACUCCAAUGUUACGCAAGGUCUUUGAACUUCUAGCAGCUGACGAGGAAAAUAACCCCCACAUCACAAGAGACAAGUACCAAUUGAAGAAAUCAUUUCUCAACUUUAUCAGCAUUGUGGUGAUCAAUAACCAGUUCUCGUUAUUGCUAACUGAGACCAACAAACCCAUCUUCCCACAGAUUGUGUCGUCAAUUAUAGAUUAUUCGCAAGACUUUGCGGAUAUCCCAACAGCCAAACUGGCGAUUGUUCAGUUCAGCAACGUCAUUGCGGUUCUUGGAUGUAACAACGGCAAGAUAACCGACUCAAAAGAUAAACUCAGUGCAACCCUUGCACCUAUCGAAGGUAUUGACGAGUACUUGAUGGAAAGCACGUUGAAGUUGUGCUUCGAGAUGCCCUUCGCUAACGCCAGCUUCGACUUGAAAGACGCUCUGUUCCGCAACUUGGGCCAGGAUCUUUCGUUGCUUCUCAAGACGUACCAGAAUCGCCUGCAACAAGGUGAAUUCGUCAAUUUUCUCGUCAAUUACUUGGUAAAUGUAGGGUUGUCGCAGGAUAUCACCAACGACUUCGGCCAAAAGUUGGUCGAGUUGGAUACAAAACUGUUCAAGAAAUAUUACGUGACUUUCUUGAGCGAAUUUAAAAAAUAA